CAACAGGACAUCAUUCAUGAUCCUGGCCGAGGCGCUCCCCUUGCCAAGAUUGCCUUCCGUGACCCGUACAGGUUUAAGAAAAGAACCGAGCUUUUCAUUGCUGCUGAGGGUAUUCAUACUGGUCAGUUUGUUUACUGCGGCAAGAAAGCUCAGCUGAACAUUGGCAAUGUUCUACCUGUGGGCACCAUGCCGGAAGGCACCAUUGUGUGCUGCCUUGAGGAGAAACCUGGUGACCGUGGAAAGCUGGCCCGUGCUUCUGGAAACUACGCCACCGUUAUCUCUCAUAACCCUGAAACAAAGAAAACCAGAGUGAAGCUGCCUUCUGGCUCCAAGAAGGUGAUUUCUUCUGCAAACAGAGCUGUUGUUGGAAUCGUUGCUGGUGGAGGUCGUAUUGACAAGCCCAUCCUGAAGGCUGGCCGUGCUUAUCACAAGUACAAGGCGAAGAGAAACUGCUGGCCGCGUGUCCGUGGUGUGGCCAUGAAUCCUGUAGAACAUCCCUUUGGUGGUGGCAACCAUCAGCACAUUGGCAAGCCGUCAACCAUCAGGAGAGAUGCUCCUGCUGGCCGCAAAGUUGGUCUCAUUGCUGCCCGUCGUACGGGUAGACUGCGUGGAACAAAGACUGUGCAGGAAAAGGAGAACUAAAGACCCAGUAUGGAGUUUACAGAAUAAAUUUUUAAAAC